UUAAUUAAUUAUCGUAUGAAAUAAAAUUAAUUAUAAGCGCAACUUUCUCGGAAAGUAUUCAGCAACAGAAUAUGGAAAUCGUUUCACACAAUGGAGCACUUGGACAAUUGUGUUAAAAUAUAUAAUCAGGGUGCUGCUGUUUGCUGGAGAAUUGGCGAUGGCCCUGCGUACGCCGCGUCGCCGCAUAUCUCCCCGCACCAAACGACGGUACAGAGCCAUAAAGAACUUUCUAUGGCGAGCUCUAGGUAACUCGUCACAGCAUAAUAUUAAAAUAAAUUCCAGUAUUGUUAUUAACGUAACAGAUUUAAAACACAAAAUUGUAGGUUUAGAACAAAAAUUAAAUAAAGUUAGCAAGCAACUGAUUUGCGUCGAAAAUAAUUCUACAAAAGGAUCGGAUCUAUCUAUACCAGAAAUCAGAGAUAAUAAUAUAAUGACAGAAACAUUCCAAGAACAAACCGACGCUUCUUCUGAAAGAAAAUCGAAAAGAAUUGAAACUAAAAUAUUAUAUAAGACUUCUGAAAGUCAAUAUAGAAAGUCAGAUGAUAGUGAUUGCAUACCAAAUAAUUAUAAUCUUAAUAAUAUAGAUGUAAUUACAAGCAAGAUAGCAGAGGAUGGUAAAUAUCACAAAUCAAAACCAAAGAAUAACAAGAGUAAAAUAACCAAUAAGACAAAUGUAAUAAAAGAAUGCCAACUAAAUAUGCUUCAACAGAAAACAAGAUCGGUUUAUGAAAACGUAGCCUCAGCGUACUCAACUAGUAGUUACCAUUCUCUCAUUGAACCAAAAUUUGAACGAUAUCUUUACAAUGAGCACCAAAACAAAAAAUACAAUAGAAAAUAUGGAAGACAACGUGAAGCUUCAGAGUCCGUGAUUCAUGACGUUCCGAAAAAAAUAAAGGAACACAUCAGGAGAAUCAAGCCAGAAAGACCUACAUACAUUUCUGGAGAUAUUAUACACGAAAAAAGGCAAAGAGAUAAACAUAUAGCUAACGAAGUUGAUCAGGAUUUCAUAGCAGAUAUCAUUAGAAAACAAUAUAAGCCAACGAGAAUAUUUGAUAAAAGAGAAUCAGAUAUUACCCAAUUUUCUGCGCCUGUUUGCCGCGAUCAAGAAUUUCACGUUCAAGAAAAUAUCUUAGAAGGUUCGAAGUUAUGUUCCUGCUGUUGUGAUGAUUACAAACGGGCUAAAUAUGUACAUGAGAACGAGUUUAGUGACAUGAGAAGUAUUUGCGAUACCAGAUUAUACAGUUCUAAAAGAAAUACACGACAUAAGUCACAUAGAAGACAUACUAAUAAUUAUAAUUACAAUGAUUCUAGAUUUUACGAUUUAAUUCCGGUUAAGGAAAAUUCAAGUCCAAAAUCCAAAAGAAAAUUCUCAGAGAAUAUUAAUAUACCUUAUCAUCAAUAUUAUAAGGAGGUACCUCCAUCGCCACGAACUCACAGACCCCAAUUAAAUUUAAAGGCACAAUAUUUUAUGGAAGUUGAUGAUGAAGCAUCAUAUAUCAAACGCAAGAAUAGGAGAAGACGACAAGAUUACGGAGAUACUCCAGACAGACUAGACAGUAAUAGAUCCUUAGCAGUAAUUAAUAUCCAGAAACAACAAAACAAACAUCAAAUACAGCAAGGCAAUGACGCUAUGAAUAGUCUGCAAACUCCAACAUCUAAUGAUGCACAAGGUAAUGGUAGUCUCCAAACUCCAAUAUCUAAUAAUGAACAAAAUAACUGCAUAACUAAUGGCAUCUCUUUAAAUAAGACACAGGAAACUGAUUUAUCUGCUGACAAAACAGACAAAGCUUUAUGCGAAAUAAAAGACGUACUUCAAACCUUUUUACAGGAAAUAAAGAAAGAAACUAUAUCACAGUGUGGUAAGUCGGAGAUAAGUAACAAAUCUGAAGAAAAAGUUUUAAGUGAUUUUCAAAACAGAAGUAAAAUAAAUGGUAGCAAUAAUAGUCAAAUCGGUAUUAACAAUUACAGUAUGCCACCGUGCAGUUUACCUCCAGCUUUACCUUUUGUACCGGCAUUUACGAGUACUAAUCCAUGCUGUUACCCCCUACUACCAAUAUGUCCUAUGAACUGUAUACAAAGUAGUUAUAUCAUGCCAAGUCCAAGUUAUACAUGUGCUAACUGUGCACAUAAUAAAGAAGAAGUCCAUGAAAACAACCAGAAUACCACAAACAAUACAUUUAAUACUACUAACAAUGAAACAGAUCACUUAAUAAAAGAAAUUUACAAUUUUGUCAUGCAAAAUCCAGAAAAUAAUCGUAAAAAAGAUGAUAAUGAUAGAAGUGGCAAAUCUCUAAAAGAAAAUACAACAGCAAAGAUAUUAACUUCUAGAAGUGACAGUGGCAGCUCAAAAGUAUCUAAACAUGAUGUCAAAAUUGGAACACCGAAAAUAAAAUGCUAUUCAAAAAGUUGUGAAGCUAUCGUCUCCCCACAUUUAGAUACCUACUUUCAAAGAAACCCAAGUUACUCCGACACUAUAUUAGAAAAACUUAGUCUAGAAGCUACAGCUACAGAAAUUGCGUCCGAGACUGAAUUAAACAGUGAUCCAACCACAACAAAAAAGCCCAAAGGAAACAAAUUUGCACAAGUGUUGCGGUCAUUUGGAUUUUUUAAAAAGAAAAAAGAGGAUGUUAUAGAAGAAUUAAGUGAGAGUGAAAGUACAAUUGAAGUGGAUGUAAAGAAAAAGUCUCCCUAUAGACAAGAGCUGACCAACUACAUGAUGCACGGUCAGGAAUAUUUUCAUCAACCGCCAAUACCACCGAUAAACCAGCCACAUCAGAACUCUCACUGUCAUCAUCAUGGCAACAACUACCCUAAUUGUUACAGUCCCCAUGACAGUGGUUAUCCAAGCCCAAGACAAAAUCUUUACAACAUUCACUGUCCCCGUAAAGAUCAACAUGGAAAUAUACCUGCACAUUCUAAUCAUGUACCGCAGCGACCUAUAGCUCCGCAUUAUCCAAAUGCUUUCAAUAACUACAAUCAAGUGCAUCCACAAAUUCCGUUGUGCCUUAAAGAAAUAGAAGUGAAAAGUAUUGCCACCCAAAGCGAGAGAAAAAUGUCGUUCUUUAAGAAGUUUACUAAGAAAAUGCAACCACCAACAACACGUAGUAAUGAGUACCCGCAGAAAAACUACUACACGCAGACUGCAAAAGAAAAACCUAUAAUGUUUAACUGGAAGAAUUUACAAGCCAAACAGACAGUACCAUUUAAUAAUGAUCCCUUAAAGUUAUCACAUAAAACACAGAAACAAUUAGCGGAUGGCGAUAUUAAUAUGAGAAACGCUAUUAUGAAAAAGUUAUUUUAUAAAAGAAAUCCCUUCUCCCCAAGAAAUUUGAUCAUACGGACGUUGCUUGGUAAAGACAAAUCUAGUUUUGGAGAGCCUCCCAAGAUGUAUCGACCUCGAAUGUUUUUUUGAUUUCGGAACGAUAUUGUAAGAGUGAAGUGGAAUGUGUAAAAUUGUUUGGUGCGUGUUAUUUGUCCGUUAUUGUGACAUUAAAAUAUUGUCAAGUGUUUCAAAAAAUGAUAC